CCCUCCUCUCCUCUCUUCUCCUUCCUCUUAUAACUUCCUGUUUCAGCUUUUUCUUCUCCUGCCUCUUUGUUUCCGCUACCUCUCCUCUUUCUCCUUGUCAUUGUCACUCUGACUCCCACCAAGCUUUUUCUCCUCUCUUCUCUUCUAACUGCAUACUAAUCCAAAAGCUUUCCCGUUUUCCAAGAUGGGCAAGGAGUGGUACUGGGGCGGCAGCAGCAAAUCCUCCAAACGCACCACCAAAAAGAGAGCCAAUGACGGCGGCGGCGGCGGAGCUGCUGGGACUGAAGGUGUCGCCGGCGUUGCUUCCGGUGUCCCUUCCGGUUGCAUGUGUGCCGUGUUCCAGCUGUUUGAUUUACCUUUCGCCACCGCUCUCAACCAGCGCCCUUCUUUCCAACCAGCUUCCUUCCACUUCCCCGACCGCCCUCCCCCUGUUCCUAAAGGCGCCGAAGCGCCGAGGAACAGCUUGGAAAUGGAGGAGGAAGCUUCAGUACCAUUGGCCGUUAAACAAGCACAAAAUUUGAAUAUCCCGAUGGGUAUUCAAAUCAAGACGACCCGAAACGGAAAACCCGGAACCCGACUCGGAUCAGGAUCAGUUCAGAGCGAUUCCGACACGGCUGCAUCCUCGCCGGCGACCAAAACACCAACUCUGGUAGCCAGAUUGAUGGGACUCGACCUUCUCCCCGAAAACCACUCACCACGCUCUUCCGCGUCUUCCGCCACGACGCCGUAUCUCAACGGGAAGCUCUCCCACUUACGUCCCCAGCAGCAGCCGCAGCAGGGGCGACAACAACAGAGUUCGUCCUACAGCCACCAUCGGAGAAGCUUCGACUGCCACGAAUUGAGCAGCGGCGCACCGAGAAUUUCGUCGGCGAGGAAGUCAGACGUGGACCACUACCACCACCGGCUGUCGCUCCAGCUCAACAAGGAGAACAUGACCCCGAGCGAGGAACUGGUGAUCUCGCGGAUCAAAGCACGGCUGAAAGGGAGAGAAUUGAAGCCGGAGGAGGAGACCAGAAGUCCACGGCAGUACGCGAGGCAGAUUGUGAAGCAGGUGAAAGAGAGCGUCAGCAGGCGAGUCGGUUUGGAUAUCACCAACACCUUUAAAAACAGAGAAAACCAGCUGCAGCAGCAGCAGCCGGAGAAACGAGCCGGCGGCGGAGGCAGGAGGGAUAGCGACCUCGUCGCCCAAAUCAAGUCCAAGAAGAAAAAAGUGCUGACAAGAGUCGCCGAGGAGGAGGCCGGGGAUUCAGUUCCGGUGGUCAAGCAGCAGAACAACAAGCCCAAAUUGGUACAGCACAGAAAGGACCACCACGUGCUCGACGAAAUGUCUAAGUCCAAAAAACAGUCAUUUUCGACUGCGGAGGUGGUGAUCAGUAAUCCUACGACCCCAGCGCAGAAAAGCAACGUAGCGGUGGUGCCGAAGCAAGGAGGAGGAAUAAUAUCGUUGCAAGAGAAGGAGCCGCCGGAGGGGAAGAAAAGCCGCGGGAAGAGAAUGCCUCCGCAAACGUCGGAUAUAAUGCGGAACAAGCAAGAGGAGCCGUUUGUGCGUCCGACCGCCGCAACCAGAGGCGGGAAUAUUCCCGACAAGAGGUGCAGGAAAACGCCGCUAUCAAGCGAGCUCCCUUCCCUUAUUCUUCCGGUCAAGAAGGAUCCCGCCCCUCCGGCGACCAAACUCCUCUCCCCCCAAAAACAGCCGCAGCAGCAGCAGGUGGGGUUGAGUAAUGCUCAAGAAUCGAAACGGUGCUCAUCUUCUCCUUCACAGUUACCUAGUAAUCCGAGCCACACGGCGUCGUACAGACAUCAGCAUCAGCCGCAGCAAGAAGAAGCGACCCGCCCGCUCCCCUCCCAAGAAAACCGCAACCAGGAUAAUAACGCCGCCACCGCCGAGGCGGCGGCGGAGGAAGAGUACAUCACCAGAAUCCUAAAACGUACGGGAAUCGACAGAGACACCCCGGUCUCCUUCACCAACUGGUUCUCCCCAGCCCACCCGCUGGACCCGACGAUUUUCUACCACCUGGAGCACAUCACAACCGCCACCACCACCCCGCCGCCGUCCUCCGGCCACCUCAUCCCGCCCUGCAACCGGAAAUUAAUCUUCCAACUCGUCAACGAAAUUCUCGCCGGGAUCCUCAAGCCGUACCUGAACGUCAAGCCCUGGACCACGGCCAGGAGCAGGACAAACGCAGUCAACGUUUCGGGUCGAGGCGUGACCGGGUCGGGCCUGGUAGAAACGCUGUGCAAGAAAAUAAGAAGCUUCCCCAGCGCAAACUGUCAGGUUCUGGAAGACAUCGAUGCCUUGAUCGACAAGGAUUUCUCCGAUCAUCGGGAGCUCCGGUGGAGGGAAACCGCGGCGGAGGAAGAAGGGGAAGGGAUCGUAACGGAAGUGGAAAGGGAGUUAUUGGACUCGCUGAUCCACGAAACGGCCCUGGACAUUUUGCUUUAGGCCCAACAACUUCAGCCCAGUUGUUGUUGCUCUCGGGCACAUGGGGUCACGUGAUGGCUAUGACGACCGACCCCAAGAUUGGGAGUCGUGGAGCCUUUUAGGUACCUACACGUGGAUGCCGCUCUCCUUACACGUUUCGCUCUCUCAUUGGCUCGCUAUAAAGACGACAAUUGGACUGGAGAGGAAUCUCAUUCCUUGCCUCCCUAGCUCACCCUUCUUUCUUUUUUUUGGUCUGAGCUCACCCUUCUUUCUAAUCUGUAUAAUUAAUUAAUUACUUAUUAAUUAUAGUGCCCUUUUUUUGGGGUUUAGGGUCUCUAAUUUUUACUUUUCUCGUUUGUUGGUUUUGGGAAUUUUGUAAAGUGAAGCGCAGAUUAAGAGAAAAGAGAAGGAAUUAGUUUUGAGUGUUAAUUGGAUUUGGGUGGGUGUGACUUGUGAGAGCUUAGCUAGGCCCUUUUUUGUGGUCUUCCAGAUGGUUAAUUAUGGCACAUUGAGGUUUGUGGGUAAUUAAUUGGCGCGAUUAAAC